CUGGAGGGAAUGGGCUCGGGGGUGUGAGUGACCCAGGUGGGCUCAGGGUUGAAGUGGGGACCUUGGUUGGACUGAGGGGGUGGAGAGGGUGAGAGUGGACCCGCCUGUGCUGGGCAUGUGAGGUGGGGGUGUUCUGCGGUUCCUCCCCGGGUUGUGGGUGCUGUACACUGGUCGUGGUGAGUUGGAGGGCGGGGUACCUGCCAUGUUACGAUCCCCUGGGCUGCACUCGUCCAGAGAAAUUUAUGACAAAUGGCAACCAUUUGGCCCAUCACAUCCAUGCUGGCAGAAAUUCCCGCUCUUGUCCCACCUCCCAGCACUGGGUCCGGGGACCUGCAGGUUACGACUCUUCAAGUACUGGUUAAAUGUUGUGAGCAUUCCUGCCUCUCCCACCCUCCCAGCCAGUGAGUUCCGGACUCUGACCAUCCUCUGGGUGUAGAAACAUUUCCUCAUUUCUCCUCUGCCAGUUCCUUAACAUCUAGAUCCUGUGGUUGUCCCUUUGGGAAUGGAGAAAAUCCUCCCUUUUAUGGUCUUGGCCCUUCAUAACUUGACACACAAUUACACCUCACAUAACGUACCUAACUGGUCCGGUGGUGAUCGCCAGUGCACUGUGUGUGAAGAGGGAAUGGUACACUUCCUCUUGCUGGGGGUGCUUACUGCCUGAUGCUCUUCCCAGACAAUGCCGAUGGGUUGUGAACGUUCUCUGGGUUUAUAACUCAUCUAACAGUUCAAAGCUGCUGUAUUCAUGUCUCUGAGCUCCAUGUGAAGAAACAUUAAAAUCAACCAAAGUUAGAGAGUGCUAUAGACAGAACAGUCGUUGGGCUACUGCUACACUGACCGAUGGGGGCUUUUGUAACCACAGUAAAAUGGGGGCUUGACCCAUUGAGCAAGGUGGAAAUGUGAGGGCGUGUGUUAAGGUAUGUGUGUGGGAUAUGAAGUAGUGAGCAUUUCUUUUUGCAUUGUGAGUGUGGACAGGUUGUGGUGUUUGUUUCAUUAAUGGGUGUGGAAAGUCCUGGUGUGAAAUACGGAGACACGAGACUGCAGCUGCUGUAAAUCUGGAGCGACACACGGGCUGGGGGAGCUCAGUGGGUUGGGCAGCAUCUGUGGAGGGAGGUGGACAGUUGACAUUUUGGGUCGAGACCCUUCAUCUGGACUGAGCUGGGAUCUGGCCCCAGUCCAGAUGAGGGGUCUUAGCCUGGGGCAUUGACUGUCCACUUCCCCCUGUGGGUGCUGCCUGGCCUGCUGAGUUCCCCCAGCCCUUGGGUUACUUGUGAACUACUGAGCAGGUCUGGAGAUGGAAACCAAAAAAAUGCUGGAAAUCUGCAAUAAAACAAAAGAACAGUGGAGCAAGAUUGCAAGAUCAGGCAGCACCUGUGGAGCAAGAAACCUUGCAGAUCGGAGACGCUUUAUCAGUGGAGGUGCCUUGGUGCCGCCGACAGUUGGACAGGGGAUCUAAGUGCAAUUUGCCCUCAACAAUGUUAGUCACGUGGCUGUGCUGAAAAAUAACUCGUGUUAGAUCUGCAGUGAAGACCAGAAACGUUCCAGAGUGAGAAAAGUGCCACUGAAACAAGCUGACUCACUAAAGGCGAGAUUGAACCGUUCCCUCGCUGUGGUCUGAGCAACAUGGGAAACCUUGCUGUCUCUGGGGGCCUUUUUGGUUCAACUUGCACGAUAUUGCAGUAACACAUCUCUGAGCUAAUUCUAGUACACAAUACAACCCAGUCUGCCUUUGCUCUGUCUCUAUCAGUCCCUCCCUGUUUGUCUUGUUCUUAGCUAUGGUUUGUUUGCCUUUGGCCUAACUUGAUCUGCAAGGUUUCUUGCUCCACAGCUCGCCUGCCUAACUUAAACUUGCUUCUUGAUUGUACACCACAAGUUCCCUGCCACAGUGACAUUAGCGAACUGCAGAACAUUGGUGACAGGCUCAAUGUCACACAGAGGAGAAGGUGCACAUUGCAGUCCGAGUUUGUGUUUGGCGUGAAUUUGUGGUAAUUGCUUCUCUGACGUCUUUAGAGAACAGGGUGUACAAAAGUAAUGUCUACCCUGUGAAGUUUCACACUGUGUGGUCUGGCUCUGGUGUUUCAGACACUGGCUCAGUUGGUGAAUAGUUCUCUUAACCUACAGUGAUCAACAUUCUGUGUGUGUUUUGCUCUCCCAUCCACUGCCUUCAAUUCUGUUGCUUUAGAGGCCAGACACACACUUGGCGUUUCUGUUUCCAUGGGCUUCCCGAUGUGCCAUGGCUGCUGUUUACAGGGAACAACACAGCAACUUUCUGUGGUUAGUUUAACAACACUGCCGUCCAUCAAUUACUCAACACAGCAUGCCACUUCCCUGGCCCCACAGCCCGAACACCAAUGAACGACUUCUCCCUACUCCAGCGAAAUGUAGAAAAUCAAAACCCAAAUUCUGCACUUUCACUUUACUCUGAGAAUUAAGAUUAAUAAGGAAACAGAUUGUGAAAUAAAUCUUAAAAUAACAGAGUUGUUGUGAUGGAAGAUUUUAAUUUCCCAAACAUCGAUUGGCAUCUCCAGACAGUGAGGAGUUUAGAUGGGGUGGAGUUUGUUAUGUGUGUUCAGGAAGGAUUCUUGACACUAUAUGUAGAUAGACCUACAAGAAGAGAGGCUGUGCUUGAUUUGGUAUUGGGAAAUGAACCUGGUCAGGUGUCAGAUCUCUCAGUGGGUGAACAUUUUGGUGAUAGUGAUCAUAAUUCUAUCUCCUUUACGUUAGCACUGGAGAGAGAUAGGAACAGACAGACUAGAAAGGCAUUUACUUGGAGUAAAGGGAAUUUUGAAGCCCUCAGGCAGGAAAUUGGAAGCUUAAAUUGGGAACAGAUGUUCUCAGGGAAAAGUAUGGAAGAAAUGUGGCAAAUAUUCAGGGGAUAUUUGUGUGGAGUUCUGCAUAGGGGAGUCACGAGAGGAUACAGGAACUGUGGUGUACAAAAGCUAUAAUAAAUCUAGUCAAAAAGAAAAGAAAAGCUUACUAAAGGUACAGAGGACUACGUAACGUUAGAGAUCUGGAAGAGUAUAAGGCUAACAGGAAGGAGCUUAAGAAGGAAAUUAGGAGAGCCAGAAGGGGACAUGAGAAGGCCUUGGUGGGCAGGAUUAAGCAAAACCCCAAGGCAUUCUACAGGUAUGUGAAGAGCAAGAGGAUAAGAUGCGAAAGAAUAGGGCCUAUCAAGUGCAGCAGUGGGAAAGUGUGUAUGGAUCCGGAAGAAAUAGCGGAGGUAUUUAAUGAAUACUUUACGUCAGUAUUCACUACAGAAAAGAUCUGGGGGAUUGUAGUGGGGACUUGCAGUGGACUGAAAAGCUUGAGCAUGUGAAUAUUAGGAAAGAGGAGGUGCUAGAACUUUUGGAAAGCAUCAAGUUGGAUAAGUCGCCGGGACCGGAUGAGCUGUACCCCAGGCUGCUGUGGGAGGUGAGGGAGGAGAUUGCGGAGCCUCUGGCUAUGAUCUUUGCAUCAUCAAUGGAGACAGGAGAGGUCCCAGAAGAUUGGAGGGUUGCGGAUGUUGUUCCCUUAUUCAAGAAAGGGAGUAGGGAUAGCCUAGGAAAAUAUAGACCGGUGAGUCUUACUUCAGUGGUUGGUAAGCUAAUGGAGAAGAUCCUGAGAGGCAGGAUUUAUGAACAUUUGGAGAGGUAUAAUAUGAUUAGGAACAGUCAGCAUGGCUUUGUCAAGGGUAGGUCCUGCCUUAGGAGCCUGAUUUGAAUUUUUUGAGGAUGUGACUAAACACAUUGAUGAAGGGAGAAUAGUAGAUGUAGUGUAUAUGGAUUUCAGCAAGGCAUUUCAUAAGGUACCCAAUGCAAAGCUUAUUGAGAAAGUAAGGAGGCAUGGGAUCCAAGGGGACAUUGCAGUGUGGAUCCAGAACCAGCUGGCCCACAGAAGGCAGAGUGGUUGUUGAAGGGUCGUAUUCUGCAUGGAGGUCGGUGACCAGUGGUGUACCUCAGGGAUCUGUACUGGGACCCUUACUCUUUGUGAUUUUUAUAAACAACCUGGAUGAGGAAGUGGAGGGAUGGGUUAGUAAGUUUGCAGAUGACACAAAGGUUGGGGGUGUUGUGGAUAGUAUAGAGGGCUGCCAGAGGUUACAGCGGGACAUAGAUAGGAUGCAGUGUUGGGCUGAGAAGUGGCAGAUGCAGAUCAACCCAGAUAAGUGUGAAGUGGUUCAUUUUGGUAGGUCAAAUAUGAUGGCAGAAUAUAGUCUUAAUGGUAGGACUCUUGGCAGUGUGGAGGAUCAGAGGGAUCUUGGGGUCUGAGUCCAUAGGACGCUUAAAGCAGUUGCACAGAUUGACUCUGUGGUUAAGAAGGCAUAUGGUGUAUUGUCCUUCAUCAAUCGUGGAAUCGAAUUUAGGAGCCGAGAGGUAUUGUUGCAGCUAUAUAGGACCUGGUCAGACCCCACUUGGAGUACUGUGCUCAGUUCUGGUCGCCUCACUACAGGAAGGAUGUGGAAGCCAUAGAGAGGGUGCAGAGGAGGUUUACAAGGAUGCUGCCUAGAAUGCGGAGCAUGCCUUAUGAAAGCAGGUUGAGUGAACUCGGCCUUUUCUCCUUGAAGCGACGGAGGAUGAGGGGGGACCUGAUAGAGGUGUAUAAGAUGAUGAGAGGUAUUGAUCGGGUAGAUAGUCAGAGGCUUUUCCCCAGGGCUGAAAUGGUUGCCACAAGAGGACACAGGUUUAAGUUGCUGGGGAGUAGGUAAAGAGGAGAUGUCAGGGGUAAGUUUUUUUACUCAGAGAGUGGUGAGUGCGUGGAAUGGGCUGCCGGCAACGGUGGUGGAGGCGGAUAUGAUAGAGUCUUUUAAGAAACUUUUGGAUAGGUACAUGGAACUGAGAAAAAUAGAGAGCUAUGGGUAAGCCUAGUAAUUUCUGAGGUAGGGACAUGCUUGGCACAGCUUUGUGGGCCGAAGGGCCUGAAUUGUGCUGUAGGUUUUCUGUUUCUAUAUACAUUGGCCCCUCCCGGGGUCAUUGGGUGGAGAUGUCUGUGUGUGGGUGUGAACGUGGGGGUGACCAGCUCUCACACGGCGAGGUCUUGGUCCAGUGGUGAGGAGGUGCAGGUGAUUGGAGAACGUGUUUUGCUGUGCGCGCGUGCGCGCGCACACACACACACACACACACACACACACACACACACACACACACACACACACACACACUUCCCACUGAGACCCCCACAGCGUGUAGACCCCCCCCACCCCCAUACAAGUAGAUUUAAUUACAGACAAAUCGUUCCAUCUGUGAAGAUUUCAACAGUGCUCAGUAUUACUGACACCAGUUAACCACAGGCUGUCCAUUAUCUGGCACAAUAUGUGCUGUGUGCUGGAGAUAGUGGGUAUUGGGCAACAGACCCCUGGGGAUGGUGUACUGUAUUCUUUGUGUAAUGAUUCAUUGUAUUCUGCAAUAUAGUAUUGGUUUAUAGUUGUCACGUGUACUGAUAUUUAGUAAAACGCUUUUGUUUGCGCGCCAUCCAGACAUCAUUCCAUACAUCAAGGUAGUAAAAAGAAAACAGAAUGCAGAAUAUAGUGUUGCAGUUACAGAGAAAGUGCAGAGCAGGCAGACAUUAAGGUGCAAGGGCCACGAUAAGGUAGACUGGGAGAUCAAAAGUUCAUCUUUGCGUGUAUGAGAGGUCUGUUCAGAAGUCUGGUGAGAUAGUUGUGUGUGUGGUAUUGACACUGUCACUGGUGGCAUAGGUAUGUGUGUGCUAUUGACACCGUCACUGGUGGGAUAGGUAUGUGUGUGCUAUUGACACCGUCACUGGUGGGAUAGGUGUGUGUGUGGUAUUGACACCGUCACUGGUGGGAUAGGGGUGUGUGUGGUAUUGACACCGUCACUGGUGAGAUAGGUGUGUGUGUGGUAUUGACACCGUCACUGGUGACGUGGUCCUGUCUCAUUCUACACUCCCUCCACGGUCCAGCCUACUGCUAUCGGGGGGACUGAUGUUGCCAGCAGUUCUUUACUGACCUUUUGCCCUCCAGUUGAAGACCAACAUGGAUGAAGUGGGUGUUGUGGCAACAAAGUUGUGCAUCAACCUGAAACUCGCACCUCAGAAUAUCUGUGCCCAGGCCAUCAAACUCUUUGAGCACGAUGUGAUUAUUGUUUGGGUCAAUUCCAUCUUGAAGCCCUCGGAGAUCUGUGGGCUGUUGGUGGGCAGUGACUGUGGCCAUUGGGAUAUAUACUCCGACUGGAACGUGACUCUCCCAGACACGCCGAAGCCUCCUGUUGUGCCACCUAAACCUCCCCGACCAGGAGCACCAGUCACCAGAGUUCUGUUCCUGACCGACAUUCACUGGGACAAGGACUACACCCCAGGGAGCAAUCCAGACUGCAGAGAUCCGCUGUGCUGCCGGCCAGGCUCGGGGGUCCCUCCCCCACACCGGAGAGGAGCCGGCAAGUGGGGGGAGUACAGUAAGUGUGACCUCCCCCUGUGCACCAUCGAGAACCUCCUGCAGCACCUGCAGACCCAACGUUACGAUCUGGUCUACUGGACUGGGGACAUCCCAGCACACAACGUCUGGCACCAGACUCGAGGAGAUCAGGUCCUGGCUCUCAACACCAUCACUUGGCUCAUCCGCCGUUACCUGGGCAAUGUAACGGUGUACCCGUCAGUUGGCAACCACGAGAGCACGCCUGUCAACAGCUUCCCUCCACCCUUCAUACACGGCAAUGAGUCUUCUGCCUGGCUGUACAGCAGCAUGGUGGAGGCCUGGAGGGACUGGUUACCCCAGGAGGCCCUGGACACCCUCAGGGGUGGAGGGUUUUACACGGUCUGGCUCCGGCCAGGACUGCGACUCGUCUCCCUCAACAUGAACUUCUGUUCCCAUGAGAACUUCUGGCUGUUGGUGAACUCAACGGACCCAGCCGGACAGCUGCACUGGCUGAUCAGCGUCCUUCAGGAAGCGGAGCGAAGUGGUGAGAAGGUGCACAUCAUUGGUCACAUCCCCCCUGGUCUCUGCAUGAAGGUCUGGAGCUGGAACUACUACCGGAUAGUCAACAGGUAUGAAGGGACGAUUGCGGCCCAGUUUUUCGGCCACACACAUGUGGAUGAGUUUGAGGUGUUCUAUGACGAGGAGACGCUGAGCCGUCCACUCUCUGUGGCAUUCAUCGCACCGAGUGUCACCACCUACAUUGACCUCAACCCAGGGUAUCGGGUUUAUCAGAUUGACGGCAGUUACCCGGGGAGCUCGCAUUUGGUGCUGGAUCAUGAGACGUACAUCCUGAACCUGACGCAGGCCAACGAGAGCGGGCGCCCCAGGUGGACCCUUCUCUACACGCUGCGGGAGGCUUACGGGAUGCGUACGGCCUUCCCCGCCGACUUCGACAGUCUCAUCGGUCGCUUGCUGAAGGACGAACGCCUCUUCCAGAAGUACUGGUUCCUGUACCACAAGGGCCACACCGCACAGGUGUGUCGCGAAGCCUGCAAGACGGGCGCCAUCUGUGCCCUGCGCACUGGCCGCGCAGACGAUCCUGAGCUCUGCAAGGACCUGCUCACAGACGUGGCGUACGGGGAGCUGCAGGCACACCGGCAGCGGCGCAAAAUGUGCUGAAAUCCGCUGCAGGAAUUGUCAGGAUCGUCAGUCCAACCAGUCCCAUUGUGAUGGAUCCACGGAUCAGUGAACUUCCACUCGCAGGGCAGGGCAGGGGAGGGGCAGCAGGGGGUCACCUGGUCGCUGGCGUCCAGCCUCUGACCUGGGCUCCAAGCUCUCCUAUGGGCAGGGGCAGACCAGUGAACGUCACGGGACGCCAGUGUGACUAACCAAGGCACCUUGCAGCCCUCUGCGCCACCCACACACCCAGCACACUCUCCCACCUCGCCCCCCGCACACUCGCCCCCCCUGUGCACGCCCUCCCAGCACUCGCCCCCCCACCAGCCCACUCUCUGCCCCUCACCCCCCUGACCAAGAGACCAGGCUUGGUUCUCCCAGCCCUGGUCCUGCCGCGUGGACAACGGUGAUGGGAUGAGGAGGUUCAGCAUUUGAAGGCCCUCAUCGUUCCGUUACAUCCCACUCAUAUCAACUCCUCCCACUUCCAUUGUGUCCCAAGUUCUGGGGACCAGUUGGCGCUUUCGGAACUUGAGGCUUUUUGGAGACGGUCCAAGAUUAUCACUGCUCCAGAGUGUUUGCAGAUCACAACAGCCAUGCCCUCCAGCUCAGUCAAUGAGCAACUGCCAAUAAAAUCCUUCAGUAGGGAGGUUCCGGAUGUUCUAAGGUUAGAGCUGAGGUGGCCUGGGAGUGUGUGAUGGGACGGUGCGGAGGGAGCUUCACCCUGUGUCUGACCCCGGGAGUGUGUGAUGGGACGGUGCGGAGGGAGCUUCACCCUGUGUCUGACCCCGGGAGUGUGUGACGGGACGGUGCGGAGGGAGCUUCACCCUGUGUCUGACCCCAGGAGUGUGUGACGGGACGGUGCGGAGGGAGCUUCACCCUGUGUCUGACCCCGGGAGUGGGUGACGGGACGGUGUGGAGGGAGCUUGGCUCUGUGUCUGACCUGUACAGCUCCUGCCCUUGGUGUGUGUAUCCCUGUUAUAAUCUCUGUUGCACCUGCACUAAUGUAAUUCACUUUAAUGAACUUGAAAACGUGUGCCAAUACUUCCAGACUGAAACCUUGUUCCCUCACUUUGGGAGUGUGAACAAUGAAUGAUGUAAAUUCUU